AUGUUGUUCACCACCAGCCUUCUUGCAUUCGCCGGCGCCGCUGCCGUAUCGGCAUCCCCAGUUGCCCAAGUUAAGUCUGCCGUUCUUCCGUUGGCCAAACACCACAACGUCACCUCCAUCAAGAACAUCGUCGACAAAGGCCAAGCCCGUCUCAACAAGGUCAACGGUAUCGCAAUUUCUGCCAAGCGUGCUACUGCAGUCAGCUCUGGCGCAGUCACUAACGAGGAUGUCUCCUACAUUGCCCCAGUCGUAAUUGGAGGUGCCACAUACUCGCUCAUCGUCGAUACUGGAUCCUCCAACACCUGGUGUGGUGCUCAGGCUUCUUGCGAGAAGUCCUCAACUGGUGUAGCCUCUGGUGGUACCGUCUCUGUCUCUUACGGUAGUGGCUCGUUCUCCGGAAGAGAGUACACAGACACUGUCAGCUUCGGCGGUCUUACCGUCAAGUCUCAAUCCAUUGGUGCUGCCACCAGCGCUUCUGGAUUCUCUGGCGUCGAUGGUAUUCUCGGUGUUGGUCCAGUUGACCUUACUCAGGGUACCGUUUCUGGCCUCUCUACUGUCCCAACCUUCAUGGACAAUCUCAAGUCCCAAGGCACCAUCACUAGUGAGGUUCUUGGCGUUUACUUCAAGCCAGAAUCUGGAAGCGAUGAUGAUGACACUAACGGCGAGCUUACCCUCGGUGGUGUUGACACCUCAAAGUACACUGGUACUCUUACCUACUUCCCCAAGGCCACAUCUGGCGAUGCCUCAAACUACUGGGGUAUCAACGUCGCUGGUUUCACUUACGGCACUACAUCCCUUGCAACAUUCGCCACCGGAAUUGUCGACACUGGAACCACUUUGAUCUACAUCCCAACCGCAGCUUACAACAAGUUCCUUGCUGCCACCGGCGGUAGCACCGACAGCUCAUCCGGUCUUGCUGCCUUCACCACCAAGCCAACAGCAAACUUUUCUAUUAAGUUCGGAACCACCACUUACACCCUUACCCCAGCACAAUACUUGGUCCCAACCGCCCAAUACUCCUCCUUCGGUCUUAGCUCCGGCAGGUACUACGCCUGGAUCAACGACGGAGGUGCUUCCGGUGUCAACACCAUCAUUGGACAGAAGUUCUUGGAGCAAUACUACUCCGUCUAUGACACCACCAACUCCCGUAUUGGUUUCGCUACUGCCGCAUAA